AAAAGGAGAUUUGAUGAAAUUGAUAUUUGUGAGAUCGCAAUGUCAAUUCGCAGAUUGGGUAUCACAUGGAAUGUUGAGUUUGUAAUCUUGGAGGAAAUCUUUACGAGUGAAGAUGGGAUUCAUUAUUUUGAAAAUUUUGAUGUGAUAUCUGCUCGGGAUGAUAAACAAAAGGAUGAAUUGUUGAAAUUGGUGAAUGAAAAGUUGGAUGAGAUACGUAAUUAUGAG